AUGGUCGCUGCUCCUGCCGCAAAACCGAAUCUGAAGGCCCAACCAAAGAAGAAGCAGCCACUGAGGUUCACUAUUCAGUGUUCUGCAGAUGUUAUCGAUAAGGACAUUAUCGACUUCGCUGCAUUUGAAAAGUACUUGAAGACCCAUAUCAAAGUCCAGGGCAAGGUAGAAAACCUUGGCAGAGAUGUGCACGUUGAUCGUGACAAGUCAACCAUAAUCGUUACGGCCACUAUCCCGUUUUCGAAAAGAUACCUUAAGUAUCUAACGAAAAGAUUCCUCAAGCGGCACAAUCUCCGGGAUUAUCUUCAUGUCAUCGCUUCAAAUAAGAAUUCUUAUGAGCUGCGAUUCUUCAACUUCGAGACUGAAGAAACCGAAGAUGAAGACGAGAAUUAA